AUGCUUGUGCGCCGGCUAAUACUGCUAUAUCCGCGAAGGCUUCCUAGGCAGAUUACUAGCAUCAGGCUGAACAGUACGCUUCCUGAAGGCAGCAAGAAAAAACAUGAUAAAGUUGCCAAAGACUCUAACUUUCCAGCCCUUGAGCCUGCAUGGUCAGAAGUCCGAGCCAAAAUAGCAAGCGCAAACGCACAAGCAAAGCAUUACACGGGCCAGUUCAAAAACCAGAUUGACAAGGCCAAAGCGGCGAUUCAAGAGGCCAAUCGCAAGCUAGCGGAGGAAGACCGUAGUGCGUCUGACUCGAGAUUGGGAUUCGAUACCGAUGUAGAAACCAAGGGUAGAAUCGAGGGUCUCCCAUCCGCCCGCGAGCGUUCAAGGAUGCAAUGGGCUAAGAAGCUUGAAUUCUAUCUAGACUCGCUACAAGAAACCAUCUUCACCGCUACAAAGGCUCUAAACGAUGUUACAGGCUAUUCCAGCAUCCAAAAGCUCAGGAAAAGCAUAGAAUUGAUGGAGAAGGAUUUAGAAAAAAGGAAGGAAGAAGUGCGUGUGGCGAAAACCACGUUCAAUGAAGCGAUCGUGGCCCGCGCUGAGUCUCAACGUGAAGUCAACGAGCUUCUUCAGCGUAAAAACUCGUGGUCCCCGGCGGAUCUCGAAAGAUUUACACAUCUCUACACCGAUGACACUUUGAAUCUCAAGAAGGAAGAAGAUGCUAAGAGAACACUACAGUCAGCGGAAUCCCAAGAGGAGGCGCUGUCCAACAAUCUCUACCGCGCGAUAUUGACGCGGUAUCAUGAAGAACAAAUAUGGUCAGACAAGAUUCGAAGGACCUCAACCUGGGGCACCUUCUUAUUGAUGGGUAUGAACAUUUUCCUGUUCCUCGUCUUUCAACUGCUUCUAGAACCCUGGAAGAGACGACGCCUCGUGGGAAACUUCGAGGACAAAGUGAAGAAGGCACUUGACGAACAAGCUUUGGUGCAAAAUAACAGAUUGAACGAAAUGUCUGAUCACAUAUCUACAACCUUCGACAAGAAGAACGCCGCGCCAGAGCCAAUAGUGCCCGCGACUUCAAGGGACACGGCGGAGUUUAUGGAGCUAUCCCCCAAAGAACCCGACGCGCUAGUUCCCAUCAAAUGGAAAUCGUGGCCAGAAAUCUCAUAUGUGUUCAAGCAAAAUUUCAGGAUACUGAGGAAUUGGACCCACAGGUUCUUUCAAAAGCUUCUCUUCAUCAAGAAAACAAAUCUAAACUCGACAACAACCUUUACUACCGCAGAACUUUAUGUUUAUUCUGCCCUUGUUGGAAUAGCAGGUUACCUAACAUGUGCUUGGAUCUGA